AUGGAAGUUGAUAAUGGCAUUUUAUCAGAAUUUAUAUUUUUAAAUCAGAAUGGGCUAUUAUUAGAAAAAUUAAUUCUAGAUCAGAUAAUAUUUUCCACUUUUGAUGGCAUUAGGCGCCAAGAAGGAAAAGAUUAUCAUGUUAGAAUGAGCAUCAUGCAGCUUAGUGGGGUACUCAUGGAAGGAAGGAGUUGAUUUGGAGGAACAGGAACGACUGGAAUUGGAGGAAUAUGGAUUAUGUGGGUAUUUUAUUAA